CACCAGGCACGACCAGCGGGAAUACGACGACCAGAGAGCGCUGGAGAUCCACACUGCCAAGGAUUUCAUCUUUUCCAUGCUGGGUAAGGAGAGGGAUGAGGCUGGCGGGGGGGUGGGGAGGAGAGGUGUGUGACUGUGCGUGUGUGCGCGCGGGUGUGAUGGAGCGGGUGGGAGCCCUGGUCCCCGCUCCGGCGCUUGCCCGGGGUGUCACCCCUGGCUCCGCGAGCUUCUCUUUCCUUUCCACCGCCAGCCCAGCCGCCCCCCUCCGUUCCUGCCUGCGCUCAGCGCGGGGUGUCCCUCUCCUUCUCGAUUGUCCUCUCUUUUGUUGAUUCCUCGACCGCUGGGCCGCCAGGCAGGAAUGGUGCAAAAGCUAGAUCAGAAACUUCCGGUGGCUAACGAGUACCUGUUGCUCUCCGGAGGAGUCCGAGAAGGUGUGGUGGACCUGGACCUGGAUGAGCUGAAUGUCUAUGCCCGGGGCACUGACUACGACAUGGACUUUACCCUCCUGGUGCCAGCCCUUAAGCUGCAUGACCGCAAUCAGCCUGUGACCCUUGAUAUGCGCCACUCAGCCUUGUGCCACUCCUGGCUGAGCCUCCGGCUCUUUGACGAGGGGACGAUCAGUAAGUGGAAAGAUUGCUGCACAAUCGCCGAUCACAUCAACGGUGCCACCAACUACUUCUUCUCUCCCACCAAAGUGGCUGACUGGUUCUAUGACUCCAUCAGCAUUGUCCUCUCAGAGAUACAGAAGAAACCCCAGCGAGGGAUGCCAAAGGUGGAGAAGGUGGAAAAAAACGGGACCAUCAUCUCCAUCAUCCUGGGCGUGGGGAGCAGUCGCAUGUUGUACGACAUCGUCCCCGUGGUGUCCUUCAAAGGCUGGCCCGCGGUGGCCCAGAGCUGGCUUAUGGAGAACCACUUCUGGGAUGGGAAGAUUACUGAGGAAGAGGUCAUCAGUGGCUUUUACUUGGUGCCAGCUUGCUCCUACAAGGGUAAGAAGGACAAUGAGUGGCGACUGUCCUUUGCCAGGAGCGAGGUGCAGCUGAAGAAGUGCAUCUCGGGUAGUCUCAUGCAAGCCUACCAGGCCUGCAAAGCCAUCAUCAUCAAACUCCUGUCAAGGCCCAAGGCUAUCAGCCCCUAUCACCUGCGGAGCAUGAUGCUCUGGGCCUGUGACCGACUCCCAGCCAGCUACCUGGCUCAGGAAGACUAUGCAGCCCACUUUCUGCUGGGUCUCAUUGACGACCUGCAGCACUGUCUGGUCAACAAGAUGUGCCCUAAUUAUUUCAUCCCUCAAUGCAACAUGCUGGAGCACCUGUCGGAGGAGACGGUCAUGCUCCACGCCCGGAAGCUGUCCUCCGUGCGCUCCGAUCCCGCCGAGCAUCUGCGUACCGCCAUCGAGCACGUGAAGGCAGCCAACCGGCUGACCCUGAAGCUGCAGCGGCGGGGCAGCACCACCAGCAUCCCCUCCCCUCAGUCGGAUGGAGGGGACCCCAAUCAGCCUGAUGACCGCCUGGCCAAAAAACUGCAGCAGCUAGUGACUGAGAAUCCGGGGAAGUCCAUCUCGGUCUUUAUUAACCCCGAUGAUGUCACGCGGCCCCAUUUCAGAAUCGACGAUAAAUUUUUCUGAGUGACUUGACCUUUUUUUCUUCUUCCUCUUGGUUCUAAGACUUCCGUAACGUGUAGCGUGGUUUGUGAUACUGUCAUUCUGUUUUUACAUAUCCAGCUUACAUUGGAUUUGUUAAGGACACGUUUUUAAGUUUCCUGGUUCUGCAGGCUGGUGCAGGCUCUGAAACAGUAUUAUUACUAUUUCAUAUUCUGCCUGAUUUUUGCUGUUUUUUUUCUAGUUAUUGUCACAUGGUUUUUGUUGUUGUUGUUGUUUUUUAUGAUGUCAUUUUUAAGGAGAACUUGAGCCAUAUAGACGACACUGCCCAUGAAUCCUCGUUCUUGCUUUCUGCCUCACACUCGGUGUGGAUCUGUUGGCAGAUUUGAGGGAACACAUUUCCUUUUUGCAUAUUCGAACCCUUUCUCCGCUUUUGUUCUCUUUUUGACCUUGUUCUUCUCCUGAGUUUUCACUGAGAUGGGUACCUGCGAGUCCUAAGAACCUGGAGGCCCUGUGCAUGCUGGCUGCAUUUCUUUCUUUGAUCAGAAGGGUUUCCCGUUUCUAUCGGAUCGGAAACUUUCAAGAGAGAAUGAUGCACAUUGCGUUUCCGAGCAACCUCAUUGAAUGUAAUUUUCCUCGAAUCAGCAAACAUUGGAUGGUUUGGAGGGAGGAUUUGAUAGCUUUCCAAACAGAAUUAAGGUUUCCAAAUGUUAGUUUUAGUGUUUGUAAUUAUUUGAAGCCUUAUUUAAAUCCUAUUAAGGAGCACACCAUUCUAAUUGUUAUUUGCACUAAUGAAGUCUUUGUCAUUGUCAUAGCUGCAGUGUGUGUUUCGGUGUACAUUAACAUCCUUUCCGGAAACGUCUUCGCUUUUCAUUUCGUCCAGUUCUGGGUCGAUAGAACGAGUCUCUGCGUUUGUCUAGUUCUCCUUUAAUUGUGGGUCCCGUUUUACCCUCCUUGGUAGAUCUGGUUCCUGCCUUACCGAGGGAAGUUUUUGAUGCUUUAUACCUGUUCACUGACUAGCUAGAACUUGGGAAGAUAAUACUUGACAAAGUGGGUGUCUUUGUAUUUAUUUCUUUGGGGGUUCUAGAGAUUUUUCUCUUCCCCUCUCCUUUUUAAAAGUCUCUUUUAUUUCUCCUGAGACCUUGCUGGAAACUGACAGGCAGAAUUAUCCCCGAAUUGAAGAUACCAUGCCUGUUCAAAGCAGGUUUCCCUGUAGAGCAGGAACCAGGAAAUACCUAAAUGGCUGUGUUGGAAUAAAGGAGUCCUAUUUUCUGACUGAAACGAUUUACCAGAUUUAGGUGCUGUGGGGCAUUGGCCUCUGUUUUCAUGUGACCCGAAGGCAGACGGUGCCUGAGUCAUUAAUGGGCCUGCUGAUCGAGGUGGCCCAUGAUGUCUGCUAUCGGAAAAGUCAAGCAACACGGUGGCUUUUGGUCUUGAACGUCCAGACUCACAGGUUGGAUUUUGGCUAGUUGAAAUCAGACAUAUGUGGUCUUGGAGUUUUGCAUGGGAAUUAAUGUAAUAUGCUUAUAAAUCAACAAUCUCAAGUCAAACACAAAAAUAAAAAAGAAACUCCUGGC